CGUUUAGUACAGCGCUCAGCAGGAGUGUUGAACGCUCGGCUUCGCAGUCGGCGAUCUUUCGUAUUCUUCGUUUAUUUUCUUUUCUAUUCGUUUAAUUUGUAACUCCAGUCCUCUAGCCACUUCAUUAAUGAAACGUUCCCUAUACAUCGAGUGAGUUUCGCAGUGUUUACCGGCAAUUUUAUUUUGACAGUGUCACGUGCGAGAAUCGUAUUAUUACCGGUUCCGGAGUUUUUAAGUGUUUAUAACGCAACAAGGCCUUUACUUGACGCAGGUAGAGCCGGCGGAUCGUCCGAAGGUGAGAUAGUGUCGUGUUUGUUGAUGUUUAGAAGAAUCCAAACUCACAAUAACUUCAUUAAGACGGAAAGUUUAUUCAAGAAAGAAUAAUACUUUAAUACUGUUUCUUUCCAAUAAGAUUCUGUCGGCAAACUUGAAUAGUGUACUUUGUUAAGUGAACUUUAAAGGUGCCUGUAACUUACUACAUAACCUUAUUUUCAAACAAGGCGCGUGUUUUACGGACAUGCGCAGUCCGGUUCACCGAAAUUAUUUAUAAGUGUCUUGUAAUUUUAUAAACAAAGCUCGUGUCGUGUGGUUUUUGUGCCGGUCUGGAGUACGCCGCUAACGAGAAGUGCACGAUUGUUAUUUGAAUCUUCACACGACGUCCAUUGUCACCUAAUAAGAUAUUCGGAUUUUUAAAUCGAGAGUAUCCGUUCACCUGUGGGAUUGUGUUUUACCUGCGCGCGCACGGGUCUUCUUUAAAAGGUGUGCGCAGCUAUGAUGUCCUGUCCUUUGCCCCUGCCGCUGCUGCCGGCUUUGCAUCCACAACCAACGCUUACCUCGGACUUCCCUAUUCACAUCGGCAUAAAGAGGGGCUCCGACGAGCUUCUUUCGCAGAGUGGCGUCACCGUCAUGGCGCCCGCCGCUCCACACCAUGCGGAUAACAACAACCAAGAUUCGGCCGCCAAAAAGGUGAAACUGGAGCAGAAUGUGGGCAAGCCGUCGCGCGUCAUCCACAUCCGGAACAUACCAAACGAGACCACGGAGGCGGAAAUCAUACAGCUGGGUCUGCCCUUCGGCCGCGUCACCAACGUACUCGUCCUUAAAGGCAAAAAUCAGGCAUUCCUCGAGAUGGCGGAGGAGAUAUCAGCUGUAGCGAUGGUGGCUUACUUCGGCGGGUGCGUGGCGCAGCUCCGCGGGCGCGCCGUUUACGUCCAGUUUUCCAACCACAAGGAACUAAAGACCGAUCAGACGCAUAGCAACGCUCAGUCGGCAUCCGCUCAAGCAGCGCUGCAGGCGGCGCAAAUGAUCUCCAACAGCGCAGGUGCAGCGCUCGUCGCCGGCGCAGGCGCCGCACUGCAGCCCGCCAACGGUGGCACAGAAAUACAGGGCGGGCCGAACACGGUGUUGCGCGUGAUAAUCGAGCACAUGUUAUACCCGAUCGUGCUCGACGUGCUAUAUUCCAUCUUCCAGCGGUAUGGGAAAGUGCUCAAAAUUGUCACAUUCACCAAAAACAAUUCGUUUCAAGCGCUCAUCCAGUAUCCCGACACGGUGUCGGCGCAGACGGCGAAGACGGCACUGGACGGGCAGAACAUCUACAACGGCUGCUGCACUCUCCGCAUCGACUACUCAAAGAUGACUUGUCUUAACGUAAAAUACAACAACGACAAGUCUCGGGACUACACCAACCCCACACUGCCGUCCGGCGAUGGCGACGCGCACCAGUUGUUGACCAGUGGUGGUGUUUUAGCUCCGCCGUUUUUGGGAUUGGGAUCCGGUUUGGCGUCACCGUACGGUGUAGGCGUGGGUGGAGUGGGCCUGCCGGCAUUCGGAGCACUCACUCUGACCCCGGCAUCACCUGCUCUGCGCGCUCUCGCUGCCCCACCAAUGCCCCUGGCCACGGUUCUCCUCGUUUCUAACCUCAACGAAGAGAUGGUCACGCCUGACGCUCUCUUUACCCUUUUCGGCGUAUACGGCGAUGUGCAGCGAGUGAAGAUACUCUACAACAAAAAAGAUUCAGCUCUAAUUCAAAUGGCGGAACCGCAUCAAGCUCAUUUGGCGAUGACGCACAUGGACAAGCUGCGCGUGUUCGGUAAGGCGAUGCGCGUAAUGCUCAGCAAGCACCAGACGGUGCAGCUGCCCAAGGAAGGUCAGCCAGACGCCGGACUCACCAGAGACUACUCGCAGAGCCCGCUGCAUAGAUUCAAGAAGCCUGGCAGCAAAAACUACCAGAACAUCUACCCGCCGAGCGCCACCCUGCACCUCUCCAACAUUCCAGCGACCGUCUCCGAGGAAGAUAUUAAGGAGGCGUUCACCAAGCGCGGCUUCACGAUCAAAGCGUUCAAGUUCUUCCCUAAGGACCGCAAGAUGGCGCUGGUGCAGCUGAUGUCAAUUGACGACGCAGUAGCGGCGCUCAUCAAGAUGCACAACUACCAGCUCUCCGAGUCCAACCACCUCCGGGUCUCCUUCUCCAAAUCCAGUAUCUAAACUACAUUUGCCGCCGACAUCGGAAUAUCACACAAUUAUUUACCUCGGCCAUUGUCAACGAUUUAUAAUCUGUUAAAAAUUCGAUUCAUAUUUUAUUGAGUCAAUAUCAGAAUUUGGGCUCAAAUAAAAUGUUAUAUUUAUUCUAAAUCGAUUGUUUCGUUUAGAUCGUUGACAGCGGCCGGUGUUGCCAGUCGCGUCCCUGUAUUGACAGUUGUAUCGCGAUUAUAAAAUCGAUUUCCUUAGCUGUAUUGAUAUUGAACGCGCGUCGAGUGACGCUGCGACUGUCGAUUACGAUAUAGUACCUCUCACUCAAAUCGAGAAUAAUGCUCGACUGAAAUUUUUAAAUAUAAUCUAUAUUACGCUUACUCGGAACAGUCUAGAAGUUAAGUGCUACUAUUUCCUUAGUGUAAAUGUACAACUUACUAUAACUGUACAUGUUAUGUUAAGGGACAUUUCACUUCACGAUGCGAUCCAAGGACCUGGAUAGGUUUCCUUAUCAUGGAUUGUCACUCAUAUGCGGAGAGGAUUUCUAUUUUGUGUGAUAUUCAUAUCUUAUGUUGUUUCCAUAAUUAUAUCGGAUGUUUCCGUUGAUUUAACAUUAUCAGUGUCUGUCGGUGAACUUGGAUUGUUUGCAAUUAGAUUGCGCUAGAAUUAUUUACAUUUGGCAUUACCCAGUGCUAUGCAAUGUGAGACAUUGUCUGUUUACGGUUAUCAUUUCAGGCAAUUGUGCCGUCUGAAUAUUUUAACAUAUUUAUCACUAGUUAAAAACAUAUUUACUUUGUCACAUAUAAUUUGCAGUUAUCGAUAUAAGAUUAUAUUUUAUAAAUAUAUUUUAUGCUCUAUUUUAAUAUGCACAAUUUACUAUUAUUGCAUUUCUAUUAAAUAUGGUUUUGUACGCAUACACAUUUUUCUUUUAUAUAAUUAUAAUACUGAAAUGCUUUAGAAAUGUGUAUGUGUGUGCAAUAUUAGUUGUAGCAACAUUUAAAUAGAUUAUGUUAGACAUAGAUCAUAUAUUAUCUGUAUCUCUCCCUUCCAUAUCUGUUACGUUUUCUAUCUGUUCAUUGUUCCGAUAGUCUUCUCUGUUAGUUAGCGUAAUCAUAACUCCUACGGCUAGCGUCUAGUGAAUAUAUCACGAUAUAUAUAAAUGUUAUGUUUAGUGACAUAAUAGUGACAUGAUGCAUUUAUUUUGAUGUUAAUUUUUAUAUUAAUGGUAGCUGCAACAUACUAUAAAUGCUCGUGCGUACAUUUCACUAAGCAAUUAUUCAUAGAUAAAUAUUUAUUUAUACCCGUUAGGGAGUUCCGAUUUCGUACGUGCGGUGUGGCCGAGCGCGCUAUAACGUAUUUUUUAGAAUUAUAUUCUUUGUAAUGUGGUGGUGUGGCCGCACCGCGAUGACAGCGUCCCCGCGCCACUGCGCCCGCCGGCGGCAACGCUCAGUCAGUAUUCGUUCUCUGACAGUUAUUUCGUUAAGGAAUCAGUAUUUUAGUUUUAUAGCUCUCCCUUUGCACUUUGUAUAUACCUAACCCUCGCUACGGCGAGUACUCAUUAUUCCCGGACUUUCCCUUUUCAAAUGAAUUGGUUUUCACACAUCUUUGCCUUCUUAAAUUAUUUGUAAAAUGCGUCUAGUCCAAUGCAAAAGAGAUUAAGUUUGUGAAUUAAGUAGAAUCGUUUAUAUUGUCGAUGAAAUAUCCUUUUAAAUUUCUCUCCAAUAAGCUUCAAAACUUUUAAUUUAUUAUAAUAGUUUUUUCGACAUAGGAUGGUGCCCAGCGAAGCCUAUGCUAUUAACUUAGGACCAGUUUUAAGUGUUCAGUUACACGUCCAGAUUAUGUGAUUAGGCAAAGCAUGCGUGAAACAGAUACCUGAAUUAUGACAAAUUAUUGAAAACGUUUCCUAAAUUUUACGAAGCAACGUGCGGCUGUCAAAGUUAGUUGAUACUUGGACUGCAAAGAAUUACAUAUCUUCGAUGUCACAAGCUGUAGUUAUUCAAAUAUAUAGCGGAUUGUUUGUUGUUUAUGUUGUUAACAUUGAUUCGUGUGAGGUGUGAGGGAGUCGUCUUCGUGCAACUGACAUGAAGUGACAGUUCAGUGA